AUGCCUCAGACGGUACAUUUAUUCAUGCGUCCCGAACGACACAUGCUCAAGCUGUGCACGCUAACGACCACGCACGGUGUUCGCCGUACCGGAGCACGAAAAAAACGAAAACGGACCUUUAAAGAAGAGAACGAAAGUGAGCUGUGCGAUAACAAUAUUGUGUAUCGUGAAAAACAUGUGUCUGAAAUGCAAAAACAGUGGCAUAACUUGAAUAUACUAUUAACGUGUUCGAAUAUCACGCCGUUCAAAGAUAGAAAUGAUGCAGGCUAUAUUUGCGCCUACUGUUUUAAGACAUUCCCCGACCCUAACGAAUUAAGGAGGCACACGCAUUUCGAUCACGUUAAGGAAAAACCCUCGUACAAGGCUGGCUCCGGGAUGAGCAGCUUUGUAGCGUUUCUGGACAUUGUUGAUCUCAAAUGCACCAUAUGUGAUAAGCCAAUGGAAUCUAUUAACGCGUUGACUAAUCAUCUUGUCGAUGAUCAUUACAAGGAGUACUACUUGGAUGUGACAGAUUAUUUCCAACCCUUCAAACUAACCAAUGAACAACAGAUUAAUUGCUGUCUCUGCACUGCAAUUUUUCACAAUAUGAAACUGUUAAUGCAGCACAUGAACGAACAUUACAGAAAUUUUAUUUGCACUAUAUGUGGAGCGGGUUUUGUGAAUAGCUUUCGAUUGAAUCGUCACGAAACAACUCAUGUUAAAAAGAAAUCUAGUUUUCCUUGUCGGCAUUGUGGGCAGGUCUUCGCUGCUGAGUCUAAAAAAAAGGCACAUGUGAAUACAGAACAUAAAGGUGUUGCAGGUGAUAGUGUUUGCCAAAUAUGCAAAGCUCGGUUCAAGAAUUACUAUCAAAAGACACGGCAUAUGGCGCAGGUUCACAAUGUCGAAGGUAUCAAAUGUGAUAUGUGCGAGAAGAAGUUUAAUUUAAAGUCGAAUUUGAUGCUACAUAUGCGAAGUGUUCAUUUGAAGGAGCGCCCGUACGCAUGCUCAGUUUGUAGUAUGGGUUUCUUCAUAAAGCGGCAUAUGUUGGGCCACUAUUUGGCGACGCAUACGAAUGAGAGGAAAUUCAAAUGUGAUAUAUGCAGUAAGGCAUAUGCAACGCAAAAUAGUAGGAGAAAGCAUAUGAAGAAGAAUCAUGGUAUUACUAAAGCUAAAAGCCAAACCGGUGACGUCAGCAAAACAAGUUUAAAGGAAAAUUCACGGUCUAAUAUUUUUGAACCUAUUGUUAACCUAAAGAUUGGACAAGAGGAGGAGCAUUCCCUCUCAGACAUUGAAGAUUGUGAACCCAAAUAUCUCAUUUAUGACGAAUAUCGAGGUAAACAAGAUAAAGGUGGGAAAGACGAGAAAUCAUUAAGCUCUAAACAUUUAUUGACAGAUGAUGACGUAAAUGAAACACAAGAAAGAGAAAUAGAAAAGCAUCGUUUUAAUUUAAGACAAAUAAUAAAAUUCACAAACGCGACACCAAUUCGCACACACAACGGAGUGGGUUAUGUAUGUGGUUUCUGUCAUGAGCAAUUUCCCCAACCGGCGAACUUAAAAAAGCACACAUUGGCCUACCACAAGCAGAUUAGUGAAUUGAAUUUUAAUGGGUUUGGUCAUAAAAUGUCUUCGUAUAUUGUAAAACUAGAUAUUACUUCAUUACAGUGCAUCAUUUGUGAUAAAAUUCUCAAUGAUGUAUAUGAAUUAACCUCACAUCUUGCUAACGAACAUAAUCAAAAAAUACACACUGAUAUCAAUAACCACAUUGUACCAAUAAAAUUUGAAUCGGAGACAUUGCGUUGUGUCAUCUGUUUUCUUGUCUUUAACAAAUUCAAGGCUUUGUUAGAACAUAUGAACACACAUAUUAAGAAUUAUACAUGUUCCGAAUGUAACGCUGGCUUCGUUAACCGGGCACGACUAAACAACCAUAGUAAAGGCCACGAGACUGGUACAUUUAAAUGCGAUUGGUGUCCGAAGGUUUUCACGAAAGCACGCAACAUGAAAUUGCAUGAAAAAAUUGUUCACAUACGCUGUGGAAAAGUUAAUAAAUGCGGUCAUUGUGGGGACAUGUUCUCAACAUACAGAUCGAAAGAGAAACAUAUAAUAAGCGUACAUGGAGGUAGAGUUGAAACGUUUAAGUGCCAAGCGUGCAGUAGAACGUUUUCAACUAAAGGAGCCCUUAGAACACAUACGAAACGGGAUCAUUUGUUUGAGAGGCGUUUUGCCUGUACGCUGUGUGAAAUGAAGUUCUUUGUUAAGUCAGAGUUGCAAGACCACAUGGUUAAGCACACCGGCGUACGGACCUUUGAAUGUGGUGUGUGUCACAAGACAUAUGGACGUCAAAGGACUUUACGCCAACAUAUUCGGAUACAUGAAGGCGAUCGAAGGUUUAAGUGCGAUUACUGUGGGCAAGCGUUUAUUCAGAAGGGUACGUGGCGAAGCCAUAUGCGUUCAAAACAUGGCGUCGAGGUUUAG